AUGGCGGCUGGCGACUCGGAGCGAGUCAAGGAGGCUCAGAAUCUAGCCAAGACGGAUUCGAAGAAGGCAAAGGCUCUGUACAAGGAGAUCACAUCGAAAGCGCCAAGGGCGGGGUCUGAUGCAGCGACGCGAGAAUACGAGACAGCCCUCGUAGGCUUGGGCGAGCUGUACAGAGACGACAAGAAGACAGACGACCUGGUCAACUUGAUAAAAGAGAGCCGGGCGGUCUUUUCGUCAUUCGCCAAAGCCAAGUCAGCCAAGCUCGUCCGUCAGCUACUUGACCUUCUCAAAGAGAUCCCCAACAGCACAGACAUCGAAGUCGCCGUGACAAAGGAUUGCAUAGAAUGGGCCACCGCCGAACGACGCGCCUUCCAACGCCAGGACCUCGAAGUCCGCCUGGUCGCCCUGUACAUGACCAAGGCGAGCUGGUACGAUGCGCUCACCCUCAUCAACGGUCUCCUCCGGGAGCUCAAGCGCCUAGACGACAAGCUCCGCCUCGUCGAGGUCCAGCUGCUCGAGUCCCGCGUCUACCACGCCCUCGGCAACAUCCCCAAAGCCCGCGCGGCCCUGACCAGCGCCCGCACAAGCGCCGCGAGCGUGUACACCCCGCCCGCGCUCCAGGCGAACCUCGAUAUGCAGAGUGGCAUGCUGCACGCUGAAGAUAAGGACUUCAACACGGCAUUCUCCUACUUUAUCGAGGCGCUGGACGGCUACCACAGCUUGGACGAGAGCAGCAAGGCGCAGGCGGCGCUGCAGUACAUGCUCCUGUGCAAGAUCAUGCUCAACCUGAGCGAAGACGUCAACCAGCUCAUGACGUCCAAGCAAGCCCUCAAGUACGCAGGGCAGAACCUCGAGGCGAUGAAGGCCAUUGCCCGCGCGCACUCCAACCGAUCCCUCGAGGAGUACGAGAGCGCCCUCUCCUCAUACCGCUACGAACUCGGCAGCGAUGCCUUUAUCCGCAACCAUCUUCGCCGGCUGUACGACGCCAUGCUCGAGCAGAACCUCAUCAAGGUCAUUGAGCCCUUUUCCCGCGUGGAGAUUGACCACAUUGCCAAGAUGGUCGGGCUCGACACGCAGCAAGUGGAGCGCAAGCUCUCCCAGAUGAUUCUCGACAAGGUCAUCAUUGGCGUGCUGGACCAGGGUGCAGGCUGCCUCAUCAUUUACGACGAGACGGACCGUGAUGAGUCCUACGACGCGGCCCUCCAGACUAUCGAAAAGCUGAGCAAUGUCGUUGAUGCUCUGUACAUUAACCAGGCAUCGCAGCUGGAGUAG